CGUGAAGCAACGUCACAAGAAGGUGAAGGAAUGCAUCGAGAUUUAAUAUUAAGAUGGAUAGAGUUACAAGCAUUAUUAUUAUCACCAAUUGGUCUGAAUAUAUAUGGAGAUGGAUUUAUAGUAAAUGCAUCAUUCCCUUCACCAUCAGAACCUAAAAAGGGUAGUAAGGCAGAUAAUUUUGAUCCCAAUAAACCUAAAUCUCUUAAAUUGUUUGUUGCAACAAAAUUUCCAGAGUGGCAAGGUUUGGUGGUUGAAGCUAUAAAACAAAAUUAUGAUGAGGAAUCCAAUUCAUUUGAUGAUGGUAGAAUUCGAGCAAAUUUAGGAGAGAAGGGAAUUCUAAAAAACAAAAAAACAUGCCAUUUGUACAAGAUUUUAAAAAGAGAUUUAGGAUAUAUUCAAUCAGAUAUUGUGAAUGCCGAGGAAGUUUCAGAAGAAAAAAGAUUAACAGAGUUUGCAGUACCUGGAGAGCCAGGAAUUUUCUUUAAGAAUAUAUAA